AUGAUCCCAUCAUCAUCAUCGGAUCCCAACUCUCAAUUCUAUCGUUCCACAUUUUUGAACUCUCAUUCGAGGCCAUCAUCAUUAUAUGAAAAUCCUCUUUCCUAUCCAUCAUCAUCAUCUCUAUUAGCCUCAUCAUCCUCACGAUUACCACCACAACAACAAGUAUCAUCUCUCGUUCCAAGUUACGACCAACAAAUUCCACCUUCUUAUUAUCAAUUACAUAAUUCACUGUAUAGAGAUCGAUCACAAGUAUUUAAUAAUUCAUUUGGAGAAGAAAUUAAUAAUAAUCGAAUAACGAGUUAUAAAUCAUCCUAUCCUCGAAGUGGAGGAAUUCAAAGUUUAUUAUCUCAUUACAAUCCACUCAUUCAUUUCUUUAAAGAUUCUUCCGAUUUGAAACAUAAAAUAUUAUUAUUAUUAUAUUUUAUGAUUGGUGUAUUUGUGACCAUGAUGUCACUCUUUGGGAGAAAUGUAUUUUACAACAAUAAGAUUGGAAAAGAAUGGAAACUAUUUAAAAUAGUACAAGAUUUUAUUAAACAAUAUUUAUUUGGUGGCAACAUGAGUAGUAAUAGUCAUUCAAUGAAUCAGUUUGAUUUAAAUUCUAAUAAUUCCAACACUAAUACGACUGAUUUGAAAAAACUUCAACACUCAAAAACUCUCUUAUCUAAAUAUGAAGAAGAAUAUUAUGAUUUUUAUAAAUCCUAUUUAGAGAAACAAGAAAAGAAAAAGAAGGCAAAACAUUCUCGAUUACUUUCAGCAAGUAUUGAAAAAUAUUGCUCACAGUUCAACACUAUGAAUCAGAGUGGCGAUCAAGAGUUGAAAAGUGAACAGAGAUAG